AUGUCGACAGAAUCGCCAACUGUGAAUACUACCAGCACAAAGCGUGGCAGACCUCAUUCCAACACCAUCUCAGGCGGGAGACCUCCUGCGCUCGGCAUUACCAUCAGUCGUCCUACCAACAUUAGAAGAAACUCUGAAGGUUCGCCUGGCUUACCUCCUCCCAUUUGCAUCUCUGAGCCUACACCCAUUGAACCAUCCAAAGACCACGCAAAUGGAUUCUUCAACAACACCAGUAAACCAACGAGCCGACCUGUUACGCCAGAUACCGACUCUGCUGUUUCUUCCAAUGCUUCAUCAUCUGCCAGUCCUCCUCCUCCAGCCCCGCCACCCAAAGAUUCGGCUACAGCGCCUGUAGGUACAGCCAACCUCCUGGGUUCACCCGUUCAAAAGAAAAAGUCUCGUUCAAGAGCUUCCAGUGUUACUUCCAAUCUGAUCAAUGAAAUCAAGGAAAGCUCCACCAUUCAAUCAUUGGCAAGCAAGAUUCGAUCUCGACAUUCUUUCGAAGAUGCAGAUACUCCUCAAGAGCGAAACUCGUCAGAUAAUCAAUCCACUACUGCUCAAAGCGUAGCUGGUGCCAGUGGUAUCUAUACUGCCAAUGUCAAGAGAAAUCAAGACUUUCAUGCUCUGUUUCGCAGUGUGCCUGAAGAAGAUAACUUGAUUGAGGAUUUUGGAUGUGCAUUGCAAAAGGAGAUCCUGCUCCAAGGCCGUAUUUACAUUUCAGAGAGCUAUCUAUGCUUUAAUGCCAAUAUCUUUGGAUGGGUCACCAAUCUGGUCAUUGCGUUUGAUGAUAUUAUUGCAAUUGAGAAAAAGUCAACUGCCUAUGUCAUUCCAAACGCCAUUCAGAUUUCCACAGAUAGUGCAAAGCAUUUCUUUGCCUCGUUCCUGUCUCGUGAUCAAGCGUACGACUUGAUGGUCGACAUUUGGCGUAUUGCAAGGCCAGAUCUUGUGCCUCCAAAGGAGACGGACGGCGAUGUGCAAGAUGCAAACGACAUUUCCUCUUCUCCCUCUUCCAUCACUUCUUCUUCUGCUGAAGAGGAUGAGAGUGAUUCCUACUAUGACAGUGACACUGAAGAUUCCUAUAGUGAUGACAAUGAUUCUGAGGAUGUUGAUAUGGCAGGUACCAAUGCGACUGUCACACAAGAUACUGCAAAGGACGGCAAUCGACCCCGAAAAGUAUCUGCGGCCUCUACACCCAAUAACAAGGACAGCUCCACCAAGGUAGAUGCUGCUGCUCGUCGUCGUGCCAUGUCAGAAGCACCCAGACCUAAUUUUCAAUCAAACGACGAAGAAAAGUCCUCGAAAGCUUCUACAACUACCACUAAUGGAACUUCAGCUGCCAAAUCAAAUGGUCCUACCGUUAACAGUACCUCUUCGGCAACCAAUAACGCAAAGGAAGGAGACGCAAAGCCUCAGCAAGUGCAUGAGAAAACCGACUGUGAAUGUAGUGCCAACAACGAACACUAUCCCACUAUUGUCAUGGAUCAAAUGUAUAAUGGCACAUUGGAGAAGAUUUACAAUAUGCUGUUUGAUAGUGGAUUCAUGAAGAAGUUUUUGAUUGAAAAUCAAAAGAGUACAGAGCUGGAAAUGGGCGAAUGGAAAAAGGGCGAGGGCAAUGUUGAAUUUGUGAGAGAGCUAUCGUACAUUAAGCCUUUGGGUGGUGCUAUUGGACCCAAGCAAACCAAAUGCUACAUUACACAAGAAGUGCUUCAUCAAGACACUCAGAAAUAUGUCACCGUGCUAGCUACCACCUCAACUCCAGAUGUGCCUUCUGGUGGAUCUUUCAGUUGUAAAACACGUACCUGCUUUACAUGGGCAGGCAAGGGAAAAGUCAGAGUGUUGGUCACUGUUCAAGUAGAAUUCACAAAGUCAUCGUGGUUGAAAUCUACCAUUGAAAAGGCCAGUAUCGAUGGACAGCAAACCUACUACAAGGAAUUGGAUGCAGCCAUGCGACAAUACUUCAAGGAACAUCCCUCUGAAUUUGCAGAUUACAAGAGCGGCAGUAAGAGCAAGCGUAGAAAGGGAAAAAAGACCAGAUCAGCACAUACACCCAAGCCAGAAGAGAUUGAAAAGAAGGAAGAAAAGCCUAAAUCUGCAGUGCAUCAAGUAUUGGGUUCCAUUUCAAAUGUGAUUGCCGAUGGUAUCACAUCUGUCAUGGAUAUUGUCAGCUCACCUCGGGCAGCCCAUUUGACCUUGAUCUGCCUCAUCAUGAUGGUGGGCAUCAACAUCUUUAUUGCUAGAAAGAUGGCUUUUGUCGAACAGCAGCUGAACGAACUGAGCUAUGCGUUACCCAACCAUGCUGUUGAUGAAAAUGAGCCCACUACCGUGGAUAUCUCAUUUUUGCCAGGAACACAACGUCGUCAAUACAACCGUCAAGAAGAACAAGAUCUCUGGGAUUGGCUCGGUCGUAUUGAUCCUGACAAGUCGAAUGAAAAGAGAGAAAAGGUAGAGAUUCCCCUCGUCAAAGACCCCAAGGAACAAGAGGCUAUUUGGGACGAUGCUAUUCAAAUCUCUCAAUCAGCCAAAGAGAGAUUGGAGAAACACAUGGCAGAACUCAGUAGCAUGAUUCAAAAGGCUGAGAGUAACUUACAAGAUGUCACUCAAUCCGUGAAUGAUCAACGUCAAAAGAUGAAACAAGAUCAACAAUAG